AUGGCGAAAACUAGUACCGGUGGUGUUUCUUACGGUGUUGUACCAGAGAUGAGACAUUCCAAGAGCGAGGAUCUCCUUGGUGCUAUACCAAAUUCAAGAUCGACAAGUCCUACUAUUGGUUUAUUACCUAGCACCGCUUCCGAGGACGAUUUGAUAGCUGCCAGCGCUUUACACGAGUCAACCGAUCGUCAUCGUCAUCGUGUUGUAGUUGCCGCAGCCGCAGCCGCAGCUGCCGCCGCCGCCAUUGCCGAUACUAGAAGGUUACCAUCCUCGUCGUCGUCAUCGUCAUCUCCAUCGUCAUCCUCGACGGCACCUAAUAACAACAAUAACAAUACAUCAACUACGACCACCAACUUAUUUGCUUCGAAAUUUGUUGGCACACCUGCUGGUCUUCUUACCGAUCGUAUCGAUCCCGAAGAUUCUAUUCGUGAUAUCGUUACGGAGAAUGAUCUUUAUAGGUUUGUCCUUUUCAAACGUCAUUAUGACAAGUACGUGGCCCUCGCCGCGAAAUACGAGGAAGCAAAGGGUAUUGCUUACUACUUGGAGGAACGUUACCACGAGGUGAAGGCUGAAAGAGAUAAACUGGAAGAGGCCCGUCGUUAUUUGGAGAAAAGAUUAGAGGGCUGCGAGGCAGAAUUAAGAGGUAAAGAGGACGAUCUCUUCCUACAACUGGAGCGAAGUCUUCGAUUGGAGGAAGAAGUCGAACGUGCGAAGGUGGAGCGUGACAGCUUUAUAGCAGCUCGCGAUCGUUUGGAUCAACAGCGCGAAACGACUCUGAGACGAUUGCAACUUCAGCUUGCGCAAAACGAAGCAACUAGGCAAUCCCUCGAAAGGGCACGGCAGGACGUCAUAAGACAGGCGACCGUCAUUCGAGCUGAACGAGAUGCCCUUGAGAAAGAAAACGAAACGUUGAAAGAGAAACUGCGCAUCGGAGAAGACGAAUUGGGUAUAGAAAGACGUAGACGAGAGGAAGGGGUAGCAGCGCUCACUCGAGAGACCAUAACGCUUAGGCAUGCUGCACGACAUCUUCGAGCAGCGACGUUACAUGCCACGUCUUGCCGUCGUCGUAGAAGAUGUUCCAUUUGUCUUUACGCCCAACGUACAUUCGCUGAGGUCGAUGAUUAUCGAGAUGAGGGGGUGAUGGGAACAUUGUAUUUCAGUGGGAAUCUCUUCAAGUGCCUUCAAGCGCCCCUACAAGAUUUGCGUACUUGGUUACGACCAAAUACAACGACUACAGCAGGUCCGUCGCGUACACCAAGGACAAGUUCUCCAUUGGCCGAACGAGAGAUCGCUUACAUCGACGACUCCAGUGUCGACAGUAGCGGCGGUGGUAGCACCAACGGUAGUAGCGAUAGUACAACCAGUAGUACUACCAGUAACAGCAGUAGUAACAGUGCCUCGGACGAUGAGGCAUAUCCAAGUACCUUAGUCGCUGCGAUGUCAUUAUCAUCGGCUAAUUCUAACGUACCACCUACAAAUAGAGCAUUUUCUUCUGACUCAGGCGGACAAUUUUUAGGUUCUCCUCGGAAGUCGGUGACCGCAGAUCACGGUGUUUCGAAAAUGGUUGCAGCAGUACCAGCAGUAGCAGCGGCUGCAGCAAAACCAGAAAAAUCAGCGAAUCCCUCAGCUGUAGCGAGCCGGACGAUCAGGGUACGGUGGGAGGAGGAGGAGGAGGAGGUGGUGGUAGUGGUGGAGGAUUCACACGUUCCAAGUGGACAUCAUCCUUCCGCAAAUUGCUCGGACGUAAAUUGAAAUCGAAGUCAGCAACAACGUCCAAUGGUGGAUCAUCGUGAACGAUCACAAUACACUAUUGAAGGAUAUGACGAUGAAUGAUAACGUUGGAAAAGAUCACAUAGGUCUUUUCAACAAAUUCCCUUUAUUAUUAUGUGAUUGUUCAAAGUAUAAUUCAUUUUUUAUCGUCUAAUAUAAAUUAAAAACAACAAGAAAA